AUGCCCGCUUCUACAAUUACAAGUUCACUGUCAGGUGCUACUGACACUGCACACGAUGGAAAUAGUAAUGGCUCUAGUCCUACAAGCUCGCCGCUUUUGUUCUUUGUCGCCCUUGGGUUUGGUGUUGUUUUCACAAAUCUGUGGAUUAUUGUGGGCGUGAAAUACUGCUUUCGCUACAACCAACGCAAUCGACAGCUGCGCAAUGAAGAGACGGGAGAGCCCAUCGAUCUAAUUGCCGUGCCCCGGCCACAUAGAAGAAGAAGAGAAAAGAAACUUAUGACCAUGGACGAGGUCAAUGAAAGGUUCCCGCUUAUAAAAUAUAAAGUGUGGAGGUCUUCGCGGGCGAGUGAGGGUCUUCCGACAGCAGGUGGAAUAUCAGCAGCCGAUAGAAGACCACAAAGCCUUGUAGACGGCGAUGGUGCUUUUUCCGCAAGUGUUAGUACACCGUCUUCGGGAAUAGCGAUGCAAAUGGAGCGUUACCAUCGGUCCAUGCCUACCGCAUCAGCGGGAAUGCAGUAUGUGCAGCAUACUGAAGAGAGGCGUUCGAAAGACGAUGUCCAAGGAGAUGGGUGCUCCAAAAUCACCACAGGCCCCAAAGACUCCAGUUCGAUGCCAGUGCAAGUUGAUGGGUUAGACUGUGAUGAAAAUGUUGACUAUCAAAUACCGAGUUCAGUACCUGCUGAGCUUUUACCUACCCCCGGUGAUUCAUGUGCGAUUUGCCUUGAUGCUAUUGAGGAUGAUGAUGACAUACGUGGACUGACAUGCGGGCAUGCUUUCCACGCCUCAUGUGUUGAUCCAUGGCUGACAAGCCGGAAGGCUUGCUGUCCCUUAUGCAAGGCAGAUUAUUACAUUCCAAAACCUCGUUCUGACCCUUCUGAAUGUGCCACAAGUUCGGGGCGUCCAGAACGCCGUAUCGCGCCACGUGCAUCUGUCCUGAACCCACCAGAGGCUGCUGUUAUAGGAAGACGACCUUUCCAGAUGCAACUAGCUUUGCCUGAACGGCAUACUCAUAGAGGACAUCUGGCGAACAGAACUAACUCUUUUCUCCCUGGAGUGCAGCGCCUUUGGAAUUCCCGGAACCCCAACACCAACAACAAUAAUGUUCAUUCAAACACAGCGCCAGUCGCUGGAGAUCAGCAGUCUAGGAGGCUGGGGCUAUUUUCCUUUCGAUUAUUUCACCCCCAUGGCCAUUCAGUCGCUGGACAAAGUCCUGCACCGAGGGAAAAUACAUCACAGGUCCCGGACACCUCGAAUUUAGGUGACAGCCGGACUUUAAGCCAACUUGAAGCUGGGUCUAGUGCCCGUUCUGCUUCUUAA